UUUUAUACGAUUUUAUUGCAUUUUUGAGUAAAAAAUGAUGUUCCAGGAAGAAAACGAUGUUUCUCAGAUCGAAAGAGAGCCUAGAGUCACUUCUAUGGAUCCCAAUGAAAGAAAAUUAGCACGAAAAAUGAGAAUUCAAAGAAGAUUGGAAGCAAUUAAAAAAAAACAAAUAAUUGAAACAGAAGGUGAAGAUUAUACAGAUAACGACAUAAAAAACUCUGUCCAGCAACAAAUUUUAAGAAGUUUUGAAUUACUUGAAAAAUACAUUAAUCAGGGUGAUGAGUAUAUUACAAAUGUUAGAAUUGCAAACGAUUCAAGGGAAGUGGAUAGACGUGAAAGGGAGGGUUUGGGUAGAGAGCAAAUAAUUCAAUCCCUCGAGGAAGAGUCUAAACUGGCGGAGGAUAAGUUUAACGAAAUUGCCGAUAAAUGGUCGGAAGUGUUGCGUUACAACGAUCCUCUGCUGAUAAACGACUCGAUUUUGGAGCAGAAAGAGCGCGGGAACGAGCUUUUAGCUCAAAAAGAUGCGUUAAUUGCUAGUUUGAAGUUGGAACUGAGAAAUGCCGAAAGAGAGUUUUCCAGUGAUCAAAGAAAACAAAUUGAGGAUAUCACCACGUUAACGUCUCGUAUAGAAAAACAGCUUGUUUUCAUGCGUAAAAUUUACAACCAAGAGCUGAACAACAUCGAAAAGGUGAUGUUGGAGGAGAGAGACAAACUGCUGGCGGAAGCGCAGAAAAGAUGGGAGGAUUUAUACAAAGAAAGAGAUUUGGAGGAGGCCAAAAACUCCGACGCCAAACUGGAAGCGUUGGAGAGGUAUCAGGAGCAGAUUGAAAUUCUGCGGAGAGAUUUUCAGGAGCUUUACAGAGGCACGAAAAUUCGGGUCGAGCACGACAUAGAAGAUCUCCAAAAGGAACUUGAAAGCAUUAAAGCUUUGACCCUGUUAAAUAAUGGUAAAUUGGACUACAAUUACCAGAUUUUAAAAAAGCGGGAGGACGAAAAUAUAAGAAUAAAAGCACAGCAGAAGAGAAAGUUGAAUCAGCUGAGGGACCUUGUCAUAAAUUUGAGAAAGAAGAAUAAGGAUUACGAGGAAAAUUCCUUGGCAACCAUCAAAAAGUUGGAGGAGGAUAUCAAGAAGCUGAACGCUUGUAUUUUGGAGGUGGAAUCGAAAGCUGACCAUUUCGCUUCCAUAAACGACCGAAAAUUCGAUCAGAUCCUCGCGAUGAACAAACUGGAAGUGGAAAAACUUUUGCAGCGCAUUAAAGAAGUGGAUCAAAUUAUCCACGUGCAACAAAUGGGCGAGCCCUGGGUCCCAUUUGAAAUUAACAUUAGGUUUCACUAUUACGAAAACAUGCGACGCGGGAUUACCAUGGGGGCCAUGAGAGGAAGUGUUGCCGAAAGAAGGUUAAGUAUUUCAGAUUUCGCCAAAAUUUCCUCGAAAGGAUCCGGGGACUCGGAAUCCUUUGUCUCUCUGGAUUCCCAAGACAUAGCUUUGAAAAAAACAGCUGCAAACAUGUUGAAGGAAGUUAAGUUGCAAGAAGGAGACACAGAAAAUUUGUGUGCGUUGGUUAAGGAUAUCAUGAGAAAACUUGCCGAUAAUACAGGUUUUUUGGCCGAGGAAAAGCUAAUGGAAAUACUCACUCCAUACACAAAUGUCCAAAAGACUGUGGUUAUGGUCGACAAUACUUUUGUGGCACUCGGUAUAAAAGAUAAGGACGAUAUGAACCUUUUGGUCCAAUAUUUCCUGCCAUACACUUGGUGUCCGGAGUGUUGCAAUGCAGACAUAGUCGAUGAUCGUGACGAUACAGCCAGCGCAAAGUCUGCGACCAUGAUUGCUAGAGACAGAAAAGAGAGUGUUUUACACAACCUGGGCACCGUUUCCAAGAUCUCCCAGUUGGACUACACAAGGGGGGUGGAAUUCUGCGAGGAAAAUUUGAUGAAAGCCAUUCAGGACGUUGACUCGGUGAUCCCGAAUGUGGUGCGGGAAGUUGCCGAUUCAGCGGAUUUCGAUGAUUUGAAUUUGUCUCCUUUCGAAGAUAAAUCGGUAGUUUCGCCCGGAGUGUCCGAAAGUCAGCCCAACAGAACCACAAGGUUUGCCGAAAAAGUUGACACCGACAACGAUCAAAAUAGAAACGCAGCCGUGGAUAUGGUGCAUUGUGCGAUGUUUCAUCCUUUAAGCAUCAGUCCAGUGCACGUUUUAACGGCCCUGAAAAACUUUGUCACUGCCUUUUACUCUGGUAACAAUCAAAUCGUAAAACCUACGAUCCAAGAUCGUUUGGAUAACAAACGGGAAACGGUUUCGAGACAAUUGCCACAUUCUGAAAUUAAGAGAUUUUGGUUAAAAUAUAAAACUGUUUUCCCUGAGGAAAAAAAGCAACUCUGGAAGGCUCUUUUAAGGGGGUUGAUAAAGUACCAUGAAAUUUUGAAACAAAGAAAACUGGUCAGUCUCGAGGUGGUUCAUUUAAGAGGACAAAAUAAGGAAUUAAAGCAAAUUCUUUCGAAUUAUUUGCACCAUGGUAAAGCAAUGGACCCUCCAUGUGGAGAAAUGCGGGAAAGCAAGUUUUCCAAGGGAAAAUGUAUCGAAAAGAGAUGA